AGCUGAUUUUGCUUGACAUAGAAGCACUGGCGUCUAGAGCGCCACCCAUGGUUUUCGACUUGGUUGCAGGCUCUCUUGGGCGCGGGCGGGUGACAACGGGCGAAGUCGCUCCCAUGAGCCCUUGGGAUGACCUGCAGGGCGCUGUCAUUGCAGGCGAUGCUAAAGCCCAGGGCGUGGCCGAUGCAGUGAUGGGCCAGAGCAACACGGAUGCCGGGAGGAUGGAGGUGCUGAAGCAACUCAUGGAGCAGCAGUCCGUGGGAGAUUGGAGGUUCUUGAGGCUGGAGACCAGCAGCUCGUCUUCUGAGGAGCCAGUGGAAAGCGAGCCCUUGGCCAAGAAGCCAAAGAUCGAAGUGAGGAGGAUGAACAGGGUGGAGAUGCAGGAGGAGCUGAAAGCCCAAGGCGAGCCCGUCGAACCUGGCGCCACCGUGAAUCAGCUGAGUGACGGCUCGCAAGUCUGUGGAGACGCCCAUGGGCGCGGCUGAGGUCCAGGAGCCCCUGCCGGACAAGGUGGAGACGCCCGUGGACGCGGCGCAGAAGCAGGACAAGGUGGAGACUGAGGGCCAGGAGCCCCUGCCGGACAAGGUGAAGACGCCCGUGGACGCGGCGCAGGAGCAGGACAAGGUGGAGACGUCCGUGGACGCGGCGGAGACGCAGAAGCAGGACAAGGUGGAGACGCCCGUGGACGCGGCGGGUGACCAGGAGCCCCCGCAUGACAAGGUGGAGACCGCGGAUGCCGCCCAGAAGCCCGAGGAGAGCCGCUGGAGUCCCGCUCCUUCAAGGGCAUGCACAUACAAGGACUUGUUCUUCUUUCUUGCUGGCGGGCAGUGCGCGGCCAACUGUUGGAACCGCGCGCUGCAAGUGGACGGAGAUGAGUACAGGGGCCUGCUCAUGACACAGGACGGGUACUUGAUCGACGUGCGGACCAUGGACGCGCAGCUGGCCAAGCAGGAGCACGUCAUCACAAAAUGCUUGGGGGUGACUUACCCACGAGAGCUCUUUGCGAUGUUGGGCCGGGACCUGGACUUGGAGGUUUGCUUGCAACAGGUGAAGGACUUCGAGAGCGGGGUCGGGCAGGGGUACGGCACUGUGGACAUGCCGCCUGAGCUCAGCGGCAAGUUACUGAAGUUGUUCGAGCAUCCCGCCCUCGAGGCGUGCAAGGUUCUCUACAGUUACUGGGAAAACAUGGCGGUCACACUGUGGUUGAUGAAGUGGGCAGCGCAUAGGCUCUGCGGCACGUCCCAGCUAGAGGAAUUUCACAUCUAUCUGGGAGGGAGCAAGAACGGAAAGAGUUGGUGGAUCGCGCAGCUGCAGGCUUUGUUCGGCACGUAUUGUGCGAUGCCCGACUCCGAUCUCCUGACCCGCUUCAACAGCCAGCAGGCCACUCCGCAGCACAUGCAACUCCGGGGAGCUCGCCUCCUGCCGUUUGCGGAGAUGAAUGCCUCGCAUCGGCCCCAGGCCAACACACUGAAGUUGUACAGCGACCACAAGACUGUGAUCCACGCCCGAAACCAUGUCAGCUUCCGAGUUCAGUUCGGCUUGGUGAUGUGCUCCAACGAGCGGCUGCACAUGUCUCUUGACGGGGGAACCGACAGACGACGGCAGAAUGGCCGAUUCAGUUCUGCCAGGUGCCGCGGUUGGUGCAGGUCGGGCUCAAGGACGAGCAGAGGCUCGCUCCCAGAGCUUCUCUACGUGCUGCUCAAGGUGUUCAAGGUCUUCGGCGCCGUGCAGGACACUCUGGUUCGGCCGUGGCCGCUGUGGGUGGAGCAGGCCACGCGCAGCUACCUGCAAGGCGAUUCAGUGGAGUUUGUGUGGGAGUCUUUCGUUGAGACGUGGGAGAUGGCCUCGAGGCCGUCCAUGGAGUGUGCGGGCUACGGAGUGGUGUCGGAUGCCUGGGUCGCCUUUGCCAGGACAAAGAACGUCGGCGUUUCGGCCGCCGGCAGUCACUUCAAGCAGGCAAUGCUACGCCACAAGCACAAUGACCGCUACGUGGCCAAGUUCCUGAACGAAAACCAGUGCUUCAAGCAGCCUAAAGGGUCUGCGUAGAGUUUUGAUUUUCCUAAUCCGGGUGGCUGUCUAGUAUAAAACACAGCUUGCAGCGCCAUUUCAAAUGAAUUGCGCAAGUGGGCUGCAGCGCUUGACAGACAUCCGUCUGCGGCUCUUGGUCGCAGUGAAUUCAAUGUGUCCGUGCGACAUCUCUACAUCUCUACAUGAUGUAGAAUACAGAGCGGAUCAUGCUUGACACGGUGAUUGUGUCGCGUGUGACGCGUGGAUGAAACCAAUCAUGGUUGG